CUCCAGAGGUUGUCCUUACUGACCCAGUCUCCAGAGGUUGUCCUUACUGACCCAGUCUCCAGAGGUUGUCCUUACUGACCCAGUCUCCAGAGGUUGCCCUUACUGACCCAGUCUCCAGAGGUUGCCCUUACUGACCCAGUCUCUAGAGGUUGUCCUUACUGACCCAGUCUCCAGAGGUUGUCCUUACUGACCCAGUCUCCAGAGGUUGUCCUUACUGACCCAGUCUCCAGAGGUUGUCCUUACUGACCCAGUCUCCAGAGGUUGUCCUUACUGACCCAGUCUCCAGAGGUUGUCCUUACUGACCCAGUCUCCAGAGGUUGUCCUUACUGACCCAGUCUCUAGAGGUUGUCCUUACUGACCCAGUCUCUAGAGGUUGUCCUUACUGACCCAGUCUCUAGAGGUUGCCCUUACUGACCCAGUCUCUAGAGGUUGCCCUUACUGACCCAGUCUCUAGAGGUUGUCCUAACUGACCCAGUCUCUAGAGGUUGUCCUAACUGACCCAGUCUCCAGAGGUUGUCCUUACUGACCCAGUCUCUAGAGGUUGUCCUUACUGACCCAGUCUCUAGAGGUUGUCCUUACUGACCCAGUCUCCAGAGGUUGUCCUUACUGACCCAGUCUCCAGAGGUUGUCCUUACUGACCCAGUCUCCAGAGGUUGUCCUUACUGACCCAGUCUCCAGAGGUUGUCCUUACUGACCCAGUCUCCAGAGGUUGUCCUUACUGACCCAGUCUCCAGAGGUUGUCCUUACUGACCCAGUCUCUAGAGGUUGUCCUUACUGACCCAGUCUCCAGAGGUUGCCCUUACUGACCCAGUCUCUAGAGGUUGUCCUAACUGAACACAGACCACACAAGCGAAGGAGAUGACCCAUCAAGGCCUAUUCCCGUAUCAAAACUGGCACAAGCAAAGGCUGUAGUCCAGUCAUACCAUUUGAAGUACCUCCUGUCUCUGGUGUGAGCUGCCGUAUGUCGCGGAUCAGGAACACGCUCAACACUGUUACGAAAGCAGUAAGCGGCAGCGACCUCCUCUCCAAGAUAUCCCGCCUUAAGCCCAGUGUCGCAGCCGCCCAUGCAGAGAAGGUACUGGCCGAAACGGAGCCUCCGACUCCAUCUCCAACCCCGGCAGCUAGUGACGCUUCAGCUGCUGCAAUAGCCAUGAAGCCACAAGAGCAGGAUCAGACAGUAGGACAGGAGCAGAACAAUGGAGAGGAGGGGAAGGAGAAUCAGCCACUUCAGGCUUUAGAGAAACCCUUCAUGGCCAACGUCAAGCCCAAACAUAGCCUCGCUGCGUCAGCGGCUAUAUCCACCGCUAGCUCCUCGUCAGCCAUGGCCAAGCAGACGUUACAGCUGUUCCAACCAGAGGCCCUGUCCACCAACAUGGACGAGACAUACAGCACCCUGUCUCAACACGUCAACGACUACUUCGGCAGUUGUAGUAGUCUAUCAACAGGAGAUGACAAGAAGCCUCACCAUCUAAAUGACAAUGCUCAAGCAUCCACGUCCUCCAAGCCUGCUGUCAGUCAACGCUAUCAGAGUACUAACAGCGGGGACCACAUCCCCGUUUCAGUACCUGUGGCAGCUGAGACCAAGGCUAUCCAGGGCAAGGCAGCUACCCCACGACCGACUCCUCCCCUGGAGGAGGUUAGCCCAACAUCGGGUGUUCCCACCCGAGAGAGCCCUGCCACAGACAGUGCUUCCUCUGACCCAGUCACCCCUGCCCCCACCCUAAUACCCUCUAAAAAAGGGGGGUUUGGGCAGUAUCUAUCUGACCCUCGCCCCAAUGUUCAGGCAUUCUUUGGCAGCUACAUAGCACCCUUGGUACCUAGUAAGUUCAGAGCUGACCCCAAGAGCGUCACAGCAGCAGUUAAAGAGAAGACCACUGAGGUGGCUAUGAGGAAGCCUGGAGAGAAAACCACUGAGGUGGCUAUGAGGAAGCCUGGAGAGAAAACCACUGAGGUGGCUAUGAGGAAGCCUGGAGAGAAGAUAGAGACUGAGGAGGAGAAGAAGAACGCUGAAGAGGGGACCAAGAAACUACUGCUGAGCCAGAGAGAGAAGAUCAUAGCCCGGGUGAGUAUGGACAACAGGACCAGAGCCUUGGUGCAGGGCAUCCAGAAAGCCACAGACAUGAAUAUCCACACCAGCCGUGUGGAGGAGCUUAGCCUGCAUCUACUGGAGUACCCUGAGACACGCGGCGUGGCCGUCAAGGAGAGGGUGAUCCCGUGCCUGUUGCGUCUGAGGCAGACCAGAGACCCCAGGCUCCAGGCUGCAGUGAGAGAGGCCCUGGCCCUGGUGGGAUACACAGACCCUGUGAAGGGCCAGGGUAUACGGAUCCUGGCCAUCGAUGGAGGGGGGACCAGGGGGCUGGUAGCCCUGCAGACCCUGCACAAACUGCAGAGCCUGACGGGCAAACCCAUCUACCAGCUGUUUGACUACAUCUGUGGUGUCAGCACAGGUGCGAUCCUGGCCUUCAUGUUGGGGGUGUUCCAGAUUCCUCUGGAUGAUUGUGAGGAACUCUACAGGAAGCUGGGUUCUGAUGUGUUCAAACAGAACGUCAUCGUGGGAACCGUCAAGAUGGGCUGGAGCCACGCCUUCUACGACAGCCAGAUCUGGGAGAACAUCCUCAAGGAGCGAAUGGGAGAAGGCCUCAUGGUCGAGACAGCCCGGGAUCCAACAUGCCCAAAGGUGGCAGCAGUGAGCACCAUAGUGAACAGGGGUCUACCUCUGAAGGCCUAUGUGUUCAGGAACUACAGCAUGCUACCAGGGGUCAGGUCCCACUACAUAGGAGACUGUAAACACAAGAUGUGGCAGGCCAUCAGAGCCUCCUCCGCCGCCCCAGGGUACUUCCAGGAGUAUACACUGGGAAAAGACCUGCACCAGGACGGUGGUCUCCUCAUCAACAACCCCACAGCGUUGGCCAUCCAUGAGUGUAAGCUGCUGUGGCCCAACACCCCAGUGCAGUGUGUGGUCUCCCUGGGUACGGGUCGCUAUGAGACCGGCAACAAGAACAACACCACCUCCACCAGUCUCAAAGCCAAGAUCACCAACGUCAUCAGCAGUGCCACCGACACAGAGGAGGUCCACAUCAUGCUGGACGCCCUCCUUCCACCCAACACCUACUUCCGUUUCAACCCCUACAUGAGCGAGGACAUCCCAUUGGACGAGAGCCGCCCGGAGAGGCUGACCUUCCUGCAGGAGGAAGGAACUCGCUACCUGGAGAGGAACGAAGCCAAGCUGAACAAGGCAGCGUCGGUGCUGGCUCUGGAGAAGAGCGCCAUCCAGAGGCUGGCUGAAUGGUGCAAACUGAAGGCCGACAUGUAUGAGGGCUUGCCCUUCAUCUCCAAACUGUAGGGGACGUCUAGAGGUGAAAGGUCAGACAGGCUGAGAGACACUAAUUUAGACUGAUUAUGAAGAUAAUAUAGGAGCUGUAAAGGUCUGACAUGUACGAGGGCCCUUCAUCUCCAAACUAUAGGAAGAGACCUGCAGAGGUUAAAGUUCAAAAGGCACUGCAGGCGGUAACUGCUGAGAAACUAAUUUAGACUUGAAAAUUAACAUGUGCUUUGAUAUGACUCCAUCAGUGGAGGCUGGUGGGAGGAGCUAUAGGAGGAAAGUCUCAUUGUAAUGGUUGGAAUGGAAUAAAUGGAACCGAGUUAAACGUGGCUUCCAUAUCUUUGAUACCGUUCCAUUUUGUCAUUCCAGCCAUUACAAUGAGCCUGUCCUCCUAUAGCUCCUCCCACCAGCCUCCUCUGGACUCCAUAUCUGCUUGAUGUAGAUCAUGUGAUAUGACUGCGGUCCAUUAGAAUUUAUGCUGCUCAGGCAGGAUGUUGUUUGACCUGUGAGAGGUGGUACAGAAGGAUCUGUUGUUUUCUCUGAAAGGGGUUUGGCUGGUAGGGCUGAAGGAAUCAACCUUUUGACUGGUCCUAAAUAAAGCACCACUGUGAUGAGAGCACAUAGGCUGUGUUUACACAGGCAGCCCAAUUCUAAUAUUUUGCCCCCCUAAAAAUCUGAUCUUUUGCUAAUAAUUGGGCUAAAUAUCUGAAUUGGGCUGGCUGUGUAAACAGCCAUAAUGGUGUGAAUGGUAGACAGGCAUAGCCAUUUACUGUUUUGAUUUAAGAGUGCAGGUUUUGCAGGGAAGGUGUUUUUGACGACUACCGACAUGUACUGGUAUGUCAGAUAUUCAGGGUCUGUUAUUAGCAUCUCAUUCCAUUGUAAUUACUGUAAAUACGGAAGUUGUAAGUAACUGACAUUGGUGUCACCUCAUUUAAAUGCUUCAAGCUUGUACUAGGCAUGUAAAGUAGAAUGGUAUAAAACAUGUAAUUAUGCCUUUUUCCACAGAUGAAUGAAAUCAUGCUCUUUGUAAAUUGUCACAUUGUUGUUAAGAGCUCUGUAAGGGAUCAGAUGAAAUGGGUUGAUAUGUGAUUUUGAAUCAUAUUUAAUUGCAGAGUUCAUGGUAUUAGCUUUAUAAUGAGCUUGUACCACCUUUCUCCUGCAGCGGCCCUGUAGGUGUGGAAGAACUUUCUCCUGCAGCGGCCCUGUAGGUGUGGAAGAACUUUCUCCUGCAGCGGCCCUGUAGGUGUGGAAGAACUUUCUCCUGCAGCGGCCCUGUAGGUGUGGAAGAACUUUCUCCUGCAGCGGCCCUGUAGGUGUGGAAGAACUUUCUCCUGCAGCGGCCCUGUAGGUGUGGAAGAACUUUCUCCUGCAGCGGCCCUGUAGGUGUGGAAGAACUUUCUCCUGCAGCGGCCCUGUAGGUGUGUAAGAACUUUCUCCUGCUGCGGCCCUGUAGGUGUGUAAGAACUUUCUCCUGCAGCGGCCCUGUAGGUGUGGAAGAACUUUCUCCUGCAGCGGCCCUGUAGGUGUGGAAGAACUUUCUCCUGCAGCGGCCCUGUAGGUGUGGAAGAACUUUCUCCUGCAGCGGCCCUGUAGGUGUGGAAGAACUUUCUCCUGCAGCGGCCCUGUAGGUGUGUAAGAACUUUCUCCUGCAGCGGCCCUGUAGGUGUGUAAGAACUUUCUCCUGCAGCGGCCCUGUAGGUGCGUAAGAACUUUCUCCUGCAGCGGCCCUGUAGGUGUGUAAGAACUUUCUCCUGCAGCGGCCCUGUAGGUGUGUAAGAACUUUCUCCUGCAGCGGCCCUGUAGGUGUGUAAGAACUUUCUCCUGCAGCGGCCCUGUAGGUGUGUAAGAACUUUCUCCUGCUGCGGCCCUGUAGGUGUGUAAGAACUUUCUCCUGCAGCGGCCCUGUAGGUGUGUAAGAACUUUCUCCUGCAGCGGCCCUGUAGGUGCGUAAGAACUUUCUCCUGCAGCGGCCCUGUAGGUGCGUAAGAACUUUCUCCUGCAGCGGCCCUGUAGGUGUGUAAGAACUUUCUCCUGCUGCGGCCCUGUAGGUGUGUAAGAAUGAAAAUGUGUCAUUGAAA